AUGGUGUACAGCAAUGGAUCUCUGCUGCUUCAGAACGUCACCUGGAAUGAUAUUGGAUUCUACACCCUGCAAACUCUGACUACAGAUCUGAAGGCUGAAGUAGUGCAUGUGACACUUGAGAUAGACACCUCCAUUUCUACUUGCUGUAACUCUCUCAUCUCUGCUCCAGUCAUGAUUAACCAAGUACCUCAGACUCCUUCUAUAGGGAAAACCAUUAAGUUCAUAGUGCGUAAUGCACCAGAUCUUCAAGCAUAUUCUUGGUACAAAUCAGAGAAUAGGACAGAGAUAUUUAAAAUUGCAGAAUACAAAGAACCACGAAUUCCACCAGCUGGGGUCCUGCACAAACCAGAAGAGAAAAGUUCUUCUAUUUGUACCUGCUGGCACCCUUCUGUCACUAACUCUGUUACAGUUGAGCCAGUGCCACUCUAUGUCCUUGAUGGGGAAAAUGUUCUCCUUCUAACUACCAAUCUGCUAGAUGACAUUAUAGCCUUAGUGUGGCACAAAGGGGUGGAGAAUCUGGACCAUGGAAUUGCACUUUACUCACUGCAAUAUAAUGUGAGUGUGACAGGACCUGCACACAGUGGUAGAGAGACAAUUUACCGCAACGGGUCCUUGUUGAUCCAAAAUGUUACCCUGAAUGACAAAGGAUUUUAUACCCUACGAACCAUAAAUAGUAGUGGAUUUAUUGUAUCAACGUCACACCUGUACCUCCUAGUACUCGAAUCCAUUUGGAGAUGUGAGCACCGUUCCACCUCUGCCAAGCUAACUGUUGAAUCCAUCCCACAAAGUGUUGCAGAAGGGGCAAGUGUUACACUACUGGUUCACAAUCUCCCACCUAAUCUUCUAGUUUUUUUCUGGUACAAAGGGGUGCUUCUGUUUGAGGAUGAUGAGGUGGCACGAUACAUACCAGUGAGAAAAAUAAGUGUACAGGGACCUGCUCAUAGUGGUAGAGAGAAAGUGUACAGCAAUGGAUCUCUGCUGCUUCAGAACAUCACCUGGAAUGAUACUGGAUUCUACACCUUGAAAACUCUGACUACAGAUCUGAAGGCUGAAGUAGUGCAUGUGCAACUUGAAGUGGACACCUCCUUUUCUACUUCCUGUAACCCUCUCAGCUCUGCUCGAGUCAUGAUCAAACAAGUGCCUCGGACUCCUGUGAUAGGGGAAACCAUUAUGUUCAUUGUGCAGAAUGCGCCAGAUCUUCAAGCAUAUUCUUGGUACAAAUCAGGAAAUAGGGCAGAGAUAUUCAAAAUCGCAGACUACAGCAAAACCACGAAUUCUAUCAGCUGGGGUCCUGCACAAAGCACAAGAGAAAGGUUGUUUAAUGAUGGAUCCAUGCUGCUUCAGGACAUCACUGAGAAGGAUGCAGGAUUCUACACACUACAAACAUUAAGCCGAGAUCUCAAAAUUGAAGUAACACAUGUGCAACUCCAUGUAUAUACACCUGUGACAACUCCUUUUGUAAGAGUCACCCACACUGUAGUCACAGUACAUGGCUCUGUGGUCUUCACAUGCUUUACACCUGACACUGGGAUCUCCAUCCGUUGGAUCUUCAAUAACCAGACCCUGCAGCUCAAAGAGAGGAUGACGCUGUCCCCUACAAAGUGCAGCCUCACCAUAGAUACUGUCAGUCUGAAUGAUGCUGGAGAGUAUCAGUGUGAGACCUCCAAUCCAGUCAGUACAAAGACCAGUCAUGGAAUCAGACUGGAUGUGAUAGGAUAUUGA